AUGACUGAUGGGCCUAGCGCUUUUCUGAUAUUUUGCAGUGGCAGCACCAAUGAGAUUGCCACUUGCAUGGAGCAAUAUAUUCACAAGAAUAGUGAAGACACCAUCACAUUCAGCUCCAGAGUGACAACUGUUGGAACUAAGGAUGACAACUCUGGCAUGGACAUUGUUACAGCUGGUCUCUCUCCCAUGCAGUUGAAUGCUCUGCAAACAUUGAACCAUGGUCCCUCCAUUAAGAUUGGAAUGCAGUUCAGAACUGUGUGGUGGACGACUGGGACGGAUUUAAGCUCAGACGAUGACUACACUUAUUGCCAGCUACUGCUGGACAAGGAUGCUACUAGGUUGGGUGCAUUGACAGGCACAGAUGACACAACACUUGUACAGCUUGUGUUGAAGGAGCUGGCAGAUCUGCACAAUGUUGAUAUAGGAUGGAGUUGGUCCCAUGAUCCUUAUACAAUGGGGGGUUAUCUUCAUUUUGCUGGCAAAGCCAUCAAUGUACAGCAUGCUUGGGUGGAGGGUGCAUUGGAUAGCGCUUGGAGAGCCAUCCAUGAAAUGCUCAAUUUCCCCACUUUCAAAUCCUACCGAGACAGGUUCUUUAAGAAUUGGGGAGUAAAUCCUGAAUGGAUUACACAGGGUGCAUUGAAAGCACCUACCAAUCAUCGUGGUGGGGAACUAGAACCCCCUGCUUGUGCACCCAAACUGCAGGAUGAUCUUGUCUGGGAGCACAUCAUGCUCAAACACCCAGCUGUUUAA